GGAUUAAAAUAUCGUCAGAAAAAUCUCCCAACUCAAACGAGGAAAGAAGAUGAAGAAGUUCUUCCCAAGUCAAUUCUUCGAAGCUUCUUCUUUAACUUCAUUCAACUAAACCUUCAACUAAAUACAACUAAAAACACAAAAAUAAGCAAGAAUAAUUUAUCUCCGUACGAGUAAUUUCUCCGGUUCCGGCCGGUGAGAACGACAAGAAGUUUCAGAAUGGCCGGAGGAGGAUGGAGAGGAUCUAGAUCGGGACCGAUACUUAAUCGUAUUUCAUCUUCUCGAAGCAUUCGUCUUGGUGGAGUACAACCUCAAGCACCCGGUCAUCGUACUGUCUUCGUUAAUGAUCGUGAAGCUAAUGCCCUUGCCAAAUUCAAGGGAAAUUCUGUUUCAACUACAAAGUACGAUGUCAUAACAUUCCUGCCAAAGGGGUUGUUUGAACAGUUCAGGCGGGUGGCUAAUCUCUACUUCCUUAUGAUCUCAAUUUUGUCAUGCACUCCAAUCAGUCCCGUAAGUCCAAUAACAAAUGUGCUUCCUUUGAGCUUGGUGCUUCUUGUUUCUCUAAUUAAGGAGGCUUGGGAGGACUGGAAGCGUUUUCAGAAUGACAUGUCUAUCAAUAAUUCGCCCAUAGACAUGUUGCAAGACCAGAAAUGGGUAAAUGUCCCAUGGAAGAAGCUGCAGGCUGGAGAUAUCGUGAGA